GCCGGCUACACCCUCCAAAAGUCCUACACCGCCCCAACGUUCUUCGACGCCUUCAACUUCUUCACGGGCCCGGAUCCGACUCACGGCCACGUAAUCUACACCGACCGCGCCCACGCCGCCACCUCCAACUACGUCGCCUUCCACACCCGUCCCGCCUCAAAAGACACCACAGCCUACAUCGGCGUCAACACCACCCCUCUCGCCCCCAAUGGACGUGAAUCCGUGCGUCUCAUCGGCAAAGACGCUUUCAACGCGGGCUCCAUGAUCGUCUUCGACGUGCGCCACAUUCCCGUGCAGUGGGGCGUGUGGCCCGCCAUCUGGCUGCUCGGGAAAGACGGGACCUGGCCGCAGACGGGGGAGAGUGAUGUGCUGGAGUACGUGCAUCGUGGGCAGCAUAAUGCUAUGACGUUGCAUACCGCUCCGGGGUGUUCGGUUUCCAACUCCUCCUCCAACCCAAAGGACGGCGUCUUCUCUGGUAAUCUCGUGCAUGCCGACUGCAACACUGACGAUGCGACGACCGGCUGCUCGAUUUCCGCGCCGAGGGACUUCCGUAUCGCCACGGCGGGGGAUGCGUUUAAUAAGCAGGGUGGAGGGGUGUAUGUGCACGACUGGACCGCCGAUGGGAUUAGCGUGUACCUUUUCCCACGCAACGCUCUGCCCGCUGAUCUCGUGGCUGGAAAACCGGACUCGUCGACGUGGAAGCAGAAACCUCUUGCGCGGUUCGCUGGUUCGGGAUGUGACUUUGAGGAGCGAUUCAAGAAUAUGAACAUCAUCAUCAACAUCGACUUUUGCGGAGAUUGGGCAGGCAGAGACAAGGUGUGGCAGGAGAGUGGAGCGCAGAAGGCCACUGGCGCGGCGACGUGCAAGGAGUAUGUGGCCAACAACGGAGGGGACUUCAAGGAGAGUUUCUUCGAGAUUGGAGGGAUUCAGGUUUAU